CAUUAUCAUCAUCAUUAACAACUUCAUUAGCAGCAGUUUUUAAUCAUUUUAAAUAAAAGCUGUUUAAAAAUAAAAAAAUUAAUAAAAUGAAUCAUUAGCGCAGUAUUUAAAUAUAAAAACAACAACAUAAACUAACAGACAGGGACUUGACGGACUUGUUAACACACAGACGGGGACUUAAACUUUAUGAAACUUAAGACUUAAAUACUGUUCUUAAUGCUACCAGCUCUUAACUUGUACUGCUACCACGCCUCUUGCUAACCCCCCGCCUUCCAUUUUAAAAUACACAACAAAUAAUGUCUGAAAAAGUACGUUCACUGCAUUUAAACUCAUCAGUGGGCUCCAAUAGUAGUUCGACUGGAGUGGGCUCUACUACUCUGAUAGGCAAUCCUACACUAAUCUCUAGUACCUUAAGUACAAAUCACAAUCUAACACCCACUGUUGAUUUAAUAACGGCAGCUCAAACACGUGACUGCUCUUUAAUAACGCCUACGGCUAUAAAUACCAACACCACUGCCAGCCUUAACAGUGGCAGUGAUAUGGAAUCAUCGGCUGAAUUUGCUCCUGGCACUAUAACGGCUCAAUUGCAAUUUCAAUUAAUACCCACAACUGUGGUGGACAACGGCAGUAAUAAUACGACGGCUAUAAAUGGCAAUAGUAGUAGUGGAACCAUUUUGGAUUAUAAUUCGAUAAUGAAUUCAUCACAAUUUUCGGCAAUUUCUAAUGAUUCAUUGCAAGUUUCUACACAACAACAGCAACAGCAGCAAUCAUCACAACAACAGCAGCAGACUUCUUCUUCUUAUGUUGGCAGCUGUUUAAGCAGCAAUGCUAUGGCUUUAGUUAAGGCUGGAGCUGGUAAACCGGUUGUGGCUCAAAGUGUAGCUGGGAAAACGUGUCGUUUUCCAAAACUCGAAGAAUGUGCCCAUUUCCACUAUGAACGUGUCCAAUUGGGUCCCCUCUCGGUACGUUUGGUCGAUGACAAGUCGGAAUUGCUUAACAGCAGUAUUGCUUCGCAGUCGAUAGGCGGUGAUAUAGCAGGCACUGCCAAUUCUUCGCAGGGACCCUCCUCACUGCGACCCUUUUCACCUUCCUCCUGUUGGUUUAUAAUUAAAGUAUUUCCACACCGUUCAGAUCCCUUUCUAGUUAAGAGAUCUUUUGAUAAUAUGCAAAUGUUGGAUGAAAUGUUACACAGAUGUGUUUAUGAUCGUAAAAUAAGCGGCCUUAAGAAUCUUAACGAAAUGGAUUUUAAAAGUGAGGAAGAUGUCGAAUAUGCAGUGGCUAAAUAUUUGGAGAGAUUUUCUAAAAUAGCAUCUGACUCACUGACCUGUGGUACUAUCUUGACUUGGCUGCAAUUGGACAAUAAAGGCAGACGUUUACCAUUGGCCGAUGAUGAUACUAUGAGGACAAUAAAUACACCAGCUGUAGGGGCGGCCUAUGGCGUAAGACGUUAUCAGGCACAGGCCUCAGAUGAGAUAUCCAUAGAAGUGGGAGAUAUGAUUUCCGUCAUAGAUAUGCCUUCGCCCGCAGAGUCUAUAUGGUGGCGUGGCAAGAAAUCGCAUUUACAAAAAUCACACUAUGAAGUGGGUUUUUUCCCUCAAUCUUGUGUAGCCACCAUAGGCGAUAAGAUACCCAGACAUUUUCCAAUGCCUGCCCCCUUAGUGGGUCAAGUAGAGGUCUCGCCCACUAAACCAGUUUUACGCAAACAUGGCAAACUCAUAGCCUUCUUUCGUUCGUUUAUCUUAUCAAGACCCUCAAGACGUAGACUUAAACAGAGUGGCAUUUAUCGAGAGCGUGUAUUCUCCUGCGAUCUCUCAGAGCAUUUACUAAACAGUGGUCAAGAGAUACCCAUGGUUUUGAAGUGUUGUGCAGAAUUUAUUGAGGAACAUGGUAUUGUCGAUGGCAUUUAUCGUUUGUCCGGUAUAACCUCUAACAUACAAAAAUUGCGACGGGCCUUUGAUGAGGAAAGAAUACCAGAUUUGGGUAAUCCAGAAAUGAAACAGGAUAUACAUGCUGUCAGCUCUUUGCUGAAAAUGUAUUUCCGUGAACUGCCCAAUCCUUUGUGCACUUAUCAGUUGUAUGACAAUUUUGUGGAAGCCAUACAGGCGAAAAGUGAAAGCAACGAAAGAUUGAGAUUGAUGAAGGAGACAGUUUUGAAGUUACCGCCCCCUCAUUAUAGAACUCUCAAGUAUUUAUCCGAGCAUUUAAAUAAAAUCUCUCAAUACUCCGAUCGCACGGGUAUGACUGAUAAGAAUUUGGCCAUAGUUUGGGCUCCCAAUUUAUUGCGUUCGCCCGCCUUAGAAUCCGGAGGUGUGGCCGCCUUAAGAGGUGUUGGUGUACAAGCUGUUGUUACGGAAUAUUUAAUACGCAAUUGCCAUCAUAUAUUCGAUGCCUUGGAAGAGGCCACUGCUCGUUUAAGUUAUAUAGCUACCCAGGGAGCCACCCCAGUCUCUUUAGCUGCCGAUAAUCGUUUAGAUUCCUUGACAGAUUGUGAAAGUUUACUGGUAGAACAACGAGAACACGAUCAAAGUCUUAUGUGUGUGGAAAGGCCCAAAAGUCUAAGUGCCAGUGGACCUAAACUCAUUAGCCUGGAAGAAGCUCAAGAAAGACACAUGCGCUAUGAUGGUUUCGAUAUGAAACACUCCAUGCCUAUAAAUAUGAUUUCUAGCGUAAAUUCGGGUCAAAAUAUAGGCUCCUAUAUAGAGGUGGGCGGUGGCCCCUCCUCCUUACCCGAUAAAUAUCAUACAGUUCUCUCAGUGCCACGUAGUUGGCAAAAACGUAAAACUCACUCUUGGAAAUCGCUAUUUUCACGCAAUCAACGACCCGUUAGCAAUGGAGCAGCUCAUGAAUUGAAAUCAUCCAUAGUGGUGGCCUCACACAACAACGAUGAAGACUCGUCUUCACCACCACCACGCCAUAAAGAAGCUACUCAAGUAACAUUUGCUGACAAUGACUCAAUAAUCGGUGUUAAUGGUAAACCCUCAAAAAGUGCUCUAAUGAAGCGUGAUGAUAAACACAAAUCGAUUGAAAUGUUUGAAACGUCACGCUCUUAUUGUGGUGAACCCAGCAGCAAACCCAUUGAGGUGUGUGUACGUUCGAAUUCUAUUGAUAGUUUGCGUACAGCCGGUCACUCUAGAUCAGUGUCACAUGAUUCAUAUUUUGAUUUGUUGCAAUCACCGCAAAGGGGUCAUAUGACUACGUGUCCCUCAAGAGAACUUUCCGAAUUGGGUCUUAAUUUUGAUCGUGAGGAACCUGAAAUGCGCAUUUUCUCUGAAAGUGAAUCAUUAGUUAGUUCUCCCCGGGUGGGUAAAGAGAAUAUACCUCCCUCUUCGUGUGCCACCUCGAGACGCAUAAUGCGUGCUCGUCCCGAGGAAUUCUCCAGUCAAACGAAUAGUGUUAAUCCCAGUCCCAAAAAGCAACCACGUCUCAAUUUACUACUCUCACCCAGUACAGCAGCUAGUCCCAGUAAUUGGUCUCAAUCCUCCGCCAAUGGAGGAGAAUGUAAUAGUGAAAAUUGUCACGAACAUAAUGGUGAUGAAAGUUGUUGUAAACGUUAUAAACUAGAAGAUCAACUAUCCGAUAUACAAUUCAUAGAUUGUGGCACUCCAGAACAUGCAGUGCCGCCCACUACAACACAGACUUUAUACACUAGUGUACAGGUACAUGCUCCUCCUAAAACCUCAUUAUCGAAGUCAUCACUCUAUGGUUCUACGGAAAUAGCGUCACAAAGACAACAGUCAUCAACACAGGAAAUGGUUAAAUCAAAUGCAUCACAUAAUACAAAUUAUACUUCAUCUUUAAGUUCACGUUAUAGUUAUCCUUCGGUACCGUUGGGUUCAAAACGUAAAGAUCAAGAUGCCACAAAUGCGUCAGCCAUAACAGGAACCAAAGAACGUUUUAGUUAUCCCGGCUCAAAUGUAACAGCGGAUAGACGUUUUUCCUCUAAGGAAGCUAUGAGCAAAAUGUUGCUGCAAGAGGCAGAACAACAGAAAAAAGAAGAGGAACAGCAGCAGCAACAGCAACCCGGCAAGCAAAGAACCGUUUCCUUUAGUGCCAGCAGUCCGGCUUCAAACAGUUCCGGCAAUAACUCUCCCAAACCCACAAAACAUCAUUUAACCGCCAAACCUGCUUAUGAUUUACUUAAAGUUAAAAAUCGCAAUAGUUAUUGUGCUCCCCAGGAAGGCUUAUUGCAGGAACAACUGCUGCGCAGUUAUUCAGGCGAUAUAACCAAAGAAAAUUUACAUAAAUCACUAACACACAAUGAAAUGGAACAAUCCAAGUUAUCGGUGACACCCUCAUCACCUAUACAAAGUCCACGUUAUUCUUUGCUAAUGGGUGAUACAAGUUCUGAAAAUAGUUCAGCGGUUACAACGCCACAACAUGAUUUAGAACCCUUAAUGGUGAAUUCAGCCAUGUCGGGUAUAUCUGCCGCCUCUUCAAAUCAAAUGCAACAAAUGUUGUUGGGUGUGGAGACCUCUUCGUAUUUGGGUACUUCCCAUGAAUCUUUGGGAUCAAAUUUACAUGACAAACGUGAUAUGCAGGCUUUAAAGCGUGAACUAUCUUUGGACUUAAACACUGUGGGUGGCUCUAAACUUACCACCGCUGAUAUUAAUAUACAACGUAAUCAAAAUUUAAUUUCUCCUAAUUCAAAUUUCACCGAUAACACUAGUCAAUCGGUAACGCCCAGUGAAUUUGGUUAUCAAAACUUGCAGCGUCAACUGAGCAUGCACUCACUUAUCGAAACGGAAGAAAAUUCACCAGCCUAUGAAGAAUAUGAGAAUACUCCAAGUAAUCUUAAUUCUCCUUUAAAACACAUAGCUAGUCCUAUCAAAUCUACCAUAAGUAUAACAUUUAAUUUGAAAUCACCCUCAAGAGAAGCGGAAGAUUCUUCUAGUGAUAAAUGUGCUGGUGUUAAACCAUCAUUUCUAAGAGCCAAAGAAGAUAAAAAACCAAGAACAAUAUUGGAAACAUCAUUCGAUGAGAAUACUGUGUAUGAACAAGUGAAAUUCUUUAGGAAUUCGGUGACAGAAGUCAAUCAAUUGCUUAAUGAGGAUCGUAAGUUUUUGAACAGUGAAUUGGAGAAUUUGGCUGAAAUAGAGGAAUUAAGUGAAAGCGAAAGGGAAUCGGAUAAAGAGCUAAUAACUCCAGUAGAAAAUGUAGAUGAUAUACAAAUGUCUGAUGAGGAAAAACUUUUGUAUGAGAAUGUUGAAUUGCGCAAACCAAAAAGUGUUUAUGAAAACAUGAUGGGUGAGAGUAUGAAACAGUCGAAAACGGAUGAUUUUCAAGAUCCCGAAGUAGAGCUGGAUAGUUUGGAUAGCAUUAAAGAUCAAGAGACCGAAACUAUAGAGAUUUGCAGUUCGGCCAGAAGAUCUCCUUCGAAUUUCAGUGUCAAAGAGUUGGCCAAUAAGUUUGAGUCUUCACCCAUUGAACAAAUGCCGGCAUUUGAUUUCUCUACACGCAAUUCUAUACGAAAAUCCACACCACCACAGCCAAAUAUUAAUACUCAUCCCGAGCGUCAUGGCAAGGUGCCUCAGACAUCCUCCCUCAAACAGAAACUUAAUAAAACACAACAAAUAACCAGAUCUCUAGAUGAAAAUGCUUUUAUAAGAGAAUUUGGCAAUAAAAAUCUACAAGAGUUGCAAAUCAAAAGUUCCCAACAAUUGCCUGAACUCUCAGAGUCGCAUAAUAGAAGAAAAAGUUUUGAUUUUACCCGGCCCAAAACGUUAAAUCCCCCUAAAAGACUACCCGGCAUGCCGAUAACUGAAGAGCAUUUUCCCUCUAAAACUACAGAGAAAUCUCUAUUGAGAAUUGAUUUACCCAAAGAAAAGAAUUUUAAUAAUUUGGACAAUGACUAUGACAGCAGUGAUUUGAAAAUAACUCCUACAACCGAAAAUAGAAUCUCCCUCAUACAGAAUAAUGUACAACCCGAAAACUCUCUGGAUCUUAAUAAUUCCAAUAUCAGCAACUCUAGUACCAAUCCACCUUUAAAAGUUCUUUCGGGUGUUAAAUUGGACAGAGAAAGAAUUGAUCGCAUUAAGGAGGAAAGACGCCAACAACUAACGCAAAAAUAUCAUACUGAUAGUUUCAAAUCGAAAUCGAAAUGUGAUUUAAAUUCCUCGAAAAAUGAAGAUGAAAAAUUUGUUUCCGACAACACCUCACUAAGAGUUAAAUCAAAAUCUCGUGCUGAUAUGCGUACUCUACAAAAAGACAUGGAUAAUCUUAAAGAAUUUGGUAGAAAUCCUCCUUCUUCUGCGGUAUCCGAAACCACUCUUAAUAUACAACAUCGUGUUAGAAGUAUUUCAGAUGAAAAAAAUCAAAAUAAUUAUGUUGAAACAAAUGCUAAUAAUACUACCACUACAACAACAACGACGGAGACCAAAGAUUUUAUUAAACGUUCUCCUCACUCACAGCAUUCUCUGCAUAAGAUUAUUUCACCCAAUAGUCCCAGUGAACAGGAGGAAUUUUCCGCUCGCGCUACAGUACAAAAAUUCGAACGUAAAAGUAUGGAUUUUGUUAAUGGUGUUAGUGUUGGAGGAGGUGUAAAUUUGAAUAGCCGUGAAAGGCCUAGACAACAGGAACCGGGUAGUGCCACUGGAUUGACAACUUUAAAUACAACAACUACGACUUCUAGAAAUAGUUUAGCAGCAAAUCGUGAAAAAAUUUCACCACAAUUUUCUAUACGCGAUGUCACAGCCAUGUUUGAAUCUCGUUCACAAAAUCAACAAUAAUUAUUAUUAAAUUAAAUUCUUUUUUUUAAGAAAUAUUUAUAAAUACAACAGAUAGAUAUAUAACAAGAAUAACAACAAAAUAAUAUAAAAAUUAUAACAAUAAAAUACUUAAAAUUUUU